GUUUUGUUUUGUUAUUAGAAGACUACUGCAGAAGUUGCAGAACUCAGUCAUCUCUCAGUAGCAGCUGAUUAUUUGCAGAAUCCAUAUAUAUAUAUUGGAAAGUCACUCAACAAACAAGAUCUCUCUUUCUCUUUCCAAAACCUUCCCUUUCUUUUAACUUCUGCAAAAAAUUCAGAUAUUUUGACCCCACCUUCAUCCUUUUUUCUCUUUAAAAACUUAUAUAACACCCACAUAGAUAUCUUCUUAGAUUGCCCAUUUCUGAAAAAAAUUUCUCUUUGUAUAUGUAUAUGUAUAUAUAGUUUUGUUUUGUUUUUGUUUACUUUUAUCAGUCACUGUGGCUACUACAAGAGGGCAGCUUCCUUCAGACACUGGCGCCUUUGCUGAUUGGGCGACAUCAUCCUCGACGACAGCAAUCCGAGGUGGUCCGGAUGAUCUUUCACUUGGUUUCAAUGCCAACGCUGCUGUGGCGGUGCCGGUUGGAUCGUCCACCUCUCAAUGGCCGCCUUUGGCUCGACCGAUCAACUAUGGACUCCCGACUGAGAUGGGGAUGGUUGGUCUCCGGGAUUUCGUUGUUGUUGCUCCUGCUUCUUUUAACCAUCAUCAUCAUCAUCACCACCACCAUACUCAAGAUCCCAUCAUGGUGAACGAGCAAAUCAGCGGUCCGGGUGGCGCCACGGCUCUCGGCGUCGGUGUUAUCCCUCUUCUGACGGCGGCUCCGUGUUUGCCUCCGCAGAAUGUGGAUGAUUCUGAUUUGUUGAACAACAAUGGUCGUGGUAAACUCAGUGGGAUGCAGCUAUGGCAGAACCAUAAUUCUUCUUCUGCUGGUCAUUAUCUUAAGAAACCAUCUUCAAUUCCCGACAACAAUAAUUCCUCCAUGAAUUUGAUACAUACCGGCGGCGGCGGCGGCGGCGGAGGAAUGGGAGGAGGGAGCGGUGGUUCGGGUUCCAGCUCGGGGGCAACGUGUCAAGAUUGUGGGAAUCAAGCUAAAAAAGAUUGUUCCCAUAGGAGGUGUAGAACGUGUUGUAAAAGUCGGGGUUUUGAUUGUCCUACUCACGUGAAGAGCACGUGGGUACCGGCUGCUCGGAGAAGGGAACGUCAGCUCAUGACGGCGGCUGCCACGACCGUCGGAGGCGGCUCAUCGGGAUCGACGUCGGGUGCGAAAAAGCCGAGACUUGUAACAUCUCAAACUACAACUACCUCUCAUACAUCAACUUCGAAUACUACUCCUAGAAGCUUUGACACUAGCUCAAGUCACCAGGAUGCCGGUUUUAAGGAGUCGUUGCCGGGCCAAGUACGUGCACCGGCGGUGUUCAAGUGCGUACGAGUGACUGCGGUGGACGACGGUGACGACGAGUAUGCUUAUCAAGCGGUUGUUAAGAUUGGUAGCCGUGUGUUCAAAGGGUUUCUUUAUGAUCAAGGAAUUGAAGGAAGAGAUGGGAUUCCGAAUUUAUCCGAAUUGCAUUUAGGUGGUGGUAGUGGGAGAAAUAUGGGGUCAUCGUCAUCUCCGGUUCUCGAUCCAUCUGAAGUUUACACCGCUGCCAGCAGCGGCUUCCUCGGUGGUUCGGUAUACGGUAAUCCAAUAAACUGAUCCCAUCUCUUCGAGUUAGAACCCUUGGAUUGAUCGAUUGGUCUCGGGGGGGUUGCAUUUUA